AUGCAGAAAAGAAAUUUGAGGAUGAGAUCAAUUUUAAAAGCAGAAAAAGAAGAAGGAACAAUAAGCGGCAAUCAAGAACGAGGUGGUACACUGGAUCAAAGCAAUCACCAGUUAUUAUAUUUGAGAUGA